UUGCUAAAAGUGUUAACGUUUCCUCAACAGAUUUCUGUUCCAGUUUAUCGUGUGCAGUUGGCCUGAAAUGAAAUUUUGGUUCAUAGUGGAAUAAUUUUACUGAAUUUUAAAAUUUUUCUGUUCCAGUUUUCGUGUGUAGUUGGCCUGAAAUGAAAUUUUGGUUCAUAGUGGAAUAAUUUUACUGAAUUUUUAAAAUUUUUGUUUUUUCUGCUUUAAUUUCGUGUUGGUGUGGCUACUUGUUUUCUUGUUACAACAGAUGGAAGAGUGAAUGGUUUUUCGUGUGGACACCUUGCAGUAGUGUCAGGAUGGUAGUGGGCUGCAGCAGUGCCGGGUGAAGACUGGCUGGGGAGGGAGCAAGUGUCGCGUGUCGGGAGGACAGCGAGGUUGGGGAGGGAGCAAGCGUCGCGUGUCGGGACAGCGGGGUUGGGGGAAGCGCGCGAGAUGGCCGGCCCCGUGCGGGACUUCCCGCUGGCGCUGCAGGCGCUGGAGCACAGCAGCCUGUACGCGCGGCGCGUGGCGCACCACGGCAGCUCCGCGAGCGUCAAGGACGCCACGUGCGACUACGAGGACCUGGGAGACGGGACCCCGCCGGCCGGCCCCGUCCCUCUGCCGCUGCCCAAACCCGGGGGCACCAGCGUCAGCAUGUCCCUGGGCAACAUGUUCUGCUCCCGCUGCGGAGACGGGUUCGAGCCUCACGAGAAGAUUGUCAACUCCAACGGGGAGCUGUGGCACCAGCAGUGUUUCGUGUGUGCCCAGUGCUUCCGGCCGUUCCCCGAGGGCAUCUUCUACGAGUUCGAGGGUCGCAAGUACUGCGAGCACGACUUCCACGUGCUGUUCGCGCCGUGCUGCGGCAAGUGCGGGGAGUUCGUGAUCGGGCGCGUGAUCAAGGCGAUGAACGCCAACUGGCACCCGAACUGCUUCCGCUGCGAGGACUGCGGCAAGGAGCUGGCGGACCUGGGCUUCAUCCGCUACCAGGGCCGGGCGCUCUGCCACGACUGCAACGCCCAGGCCAAGGCCAUCGGCAGCGGCAAAUACGUCUGCCACAAGUGCCAUGGCGUCAUCGACGACCGGCCGCUGCGGUUCCGCGGGGAGGUGUACCACCCCUACCACUUCAACUGCACCGCGUGCGGGGUUGAGCUGAACGCGGACGCGCGCGAGGUGCGCAGUCGCCCGGGCUUCGCCGCCAACGAGAUGAACGAGCUCUACUGCCUGCGCUGCCACGACAAGAUGGGCAUCCCGAUCUGCGGGGCGUGUCGCCGGCCCAUCGAGGAGCGCGUCGUCACAGCGCUCGGCAAGCACUGGCACGUCGAGCACUUCGUGUGCGCCAAGUGCGAGAAGCCGUUCUUCGGGCACCGCCACUACGAGAAGAAGGGCCUGGCAUACUGCGAGACCCACUACCACCAGCUGUUCGGCAACCUCUGCUUUGUGUGCAACCAGGUCAUUGCCGGAGACGUGUUCACGGCGCUGAACAAGGCGUGGUGCGUGCACCACUUCGCCUGCUCCGUCUGUGACCUGAAAAUGAACCAGAAGACCAAGUUCUACGAGUUCGACCUGAAGCCGGUGUGCAAGAAGUGCUACGAGAAGUUCCCCGCGGAGCUGCGUCGCCGGCUGCGGCGGGCCCACGAGCAGAUACCCAAGAAGCUGGCUGCCUGAGGUCUCUGCCCCCUCGCCCCGUGGCCCCCUUGUCGGGCCUCUGCCCCGCGAUCAUUCUCUCGCUUUUCAUAACUCACACUGUCUACACCUUCGCUAUGAUAACUGUUGGAAAUUGUCACUACCGUGAGUUGUGGUGUGGUUGGAGACAAGAUUUUAUAGUUUUAUUUUUAUUCCUAUAUAAAUUUUAAAACAAAGGAUUGUGGUUUUUUUUAGUUUUAUGGAAGCUAGUUCUGUAAUACUUACUCCACCAAAAUAACGGUAAAAUUUGUAUUCUGCAUUUUUACGAUAAAUAAUUUGUGACAAAUUAAUCUGAAACAGCUACAUACAGAACAAUGAAAAUCAAUUGGCUAGCAUUGGCUGGUUUAGAAGCGAUUCAAAAAGAGAUGCAAAAUAAAAUCAAAUUAAAUAAAUUUUUGUGACCCAUGCACUCAAUUUUUUGUCUGAAAAUAAUGACAUUCCUUGAAUUCCAAACAUUAAAAGAUUACUUUUUUUUAUGUUUUGAAUUAAGUUUUGCUAUAUGGUGUAUUAUCUUGCAUUUCGCUGUUUUAUGGUGUAAUGGCGUUUUUUGGUGUUAUUUUAGGUUGUUUUUUUUUUUCUCAAUCCACCAUAUAAUCUUGUCUCUAGGUUAUUGUGUUGAUAUAAUUACUAGAGACCUGCAAAAUUCGCGGAUGCAUUGACCUCUAGGAUAGACUCCACAGUCCUUGCUUUAAAUACUCGCGGAAAUGACACCUGUUCAUUGGCUACUGACGCUUGAGAUGUCUCAACUAGACUGUCCGUAACUUGGCACUUUCUUGGUUUAGUGUUCCCCAUUGGCUCCAAGUUCCCCGGAUAAAAUGUGGGCCGAUCGCAGAAACGGUACAAAGGUAUAGUUGUUUUGAUGCUAGCCUAUCGCAAAAUGAAUCCGCGAAUUUUGCAGGUCUCUAAUAAUUACUCUAAUGGUAAGGGUUGUUCAUAAGAUGAUAAUUGUAAUGGAACUUCGUAUUGACUGAGGAUACGACAGUGAAGACUGAACCAAAGUUUGUUCAUUCAGUCAUUCAUUUAUGCACUGGUUGGAAACUGCUAAGGAGUGGGAUGUCUUUAUGAAUGUCAAUCUGCGAGGCAUUUAUUGGAAUUGCGUUUGAGAUUAGGAGAAAGGAAAGUAGUUUGUUGUUUUUAAUGAUCUGGUUGUUGGAAAGUGGAAAAUAUAGUUUCCACUUGUGUUGCGCAUUAAAGAACUAUAUUAAAAGUUUCCACAAGUUCUGGUCAGCAAAUUUUUUUUGGUUAGAUUUUCAGAACUGUAUUAACACUGUUAAAUAUUCAAAAACAACUGUAGAUAAUAGUUUAUUCAAAUCAACAGUUUAACAGUUGUAUAUUACACCUGUCUCCCCUCCAAAUUAGGCUUGGGGUCCAGUUAUAGCUAAACAUUAAGUGUGUGUUGUGCGAAAGGUGGAACUUGAUGGACUUAGGUAAGUUAUACCAUCUGUUGAUCACUUGAGUGGACUGCUGGUACUGCCCCAACUCCAAAAUAGUUUCUCAUGUACAUGAUCAUUGAUUCCCAAAAGUUUGUUAAAACUACGGGUUUCCAGGCGCAGUUUUGGUCGAACGUGUCGUUCAGAAUGUACAAAACGUAUUAAUGUAGCUUAAAUCCAGGCCUGUGCGGAUACUAGUUGUUUGAUGGGAAGCGAAAAUAUAAAAUCCAAUAUUUAAAAUAUUUGCAAAGUCGAAUCUAAUUGCGAAUAUAGUUCUUGGCAAAGCUGUUUUACACUUAUUUUAUAAAAUACAGGAUUGAAGUUAGAACAUAAUCAUUAAAAAUUUGUAAUGUUUGAACUGAUUAAGUGAUCAUCAAAUUGGGCCAAACUUAUGUACAUUCAAUCAAAUUAUAAAAUAACUAUAUGUAUAAUAUAAUUAUUGAGCAUUCAUAAUGGCAAAUGGACCACAGUCUUUUAAUUUUUUAAGAGUAUACACUGCAUUAAAAAAAAACUAAAUAUAUCAUGAGCAAAUUUGAUGUUUCCAAUGUUUUAAGUUUGCAACAAAUGCAAAGCUUCGCAGCAGAUGCAAAGCUUCGCAUUACAACCGAUACUUCAAGUAAAACGAUAAGCAAAUUUCCUGGCAAAGUCAAAUUGAAUAUUAAAAAGAGCUUCGAUUGAUUUGCUUAGCGGAAGCUUGGCACAUGCCUACUUGCUUCGUUUCAUACCUUGCAGUUAUACUAGCGGAGUGAGCUGUUAUAUAUCAGUGUUUAUUUGUAUUGUAAACUAACUGCAUUGCUAAUUCAACUCUCUGUUUUUUAUUUAAUUAUUUGCCAAUUUUGUUGCUUAGAAUCCAAGUCGCUUAACUGAAUGUUUGUACUAGCUAGCAGUAGGCUUGUGAGACGAGAGCCAUGUUUGUAACACGGUGUGUAACUGUGGAAUUAUAUAUCAUGUGCCUUGUUGCUUGCCUUUUUAAAAAAAACUUAAUUGUCAGUGUUUGGUGUGUUGUAAGUGUUCACUUGGCUAUGGGUUCCAGAGGAGUAAAUGUUGUUGAAACCUCGGAGAGUGAACAUAGAGUUGUGUAUUUUUUUAAUGGAGAUAAAGCAAAACCUUAAUUACAUAAAGAAAAAAAUUAAUAUUUAUAUGUAUUAACCUACCUGACCUUUCUAAUAUUGCAAUUUAAAAAUUAUUUUACUUGGUACCUGAGCCAUAUUUAACAAUUGGAACAUAGUUUUUAUAUCAGGUUUAUUUUUAUGCAAUUUAUGUAUUACAAAAAAAUUUUUACUUGUAUUAAACAAAAUAAUUGUUCA